GCCUCGUGCUUCAUCCGCGAGCAGGCAGCAGGCAGAGAGCAGAGCAGGCCAGGGCAGAGCAGGGCAGAGACCAGAGGCAGGCAGCAGGCAGAGAGCAGGGCAGAGGCCCAAGGCAGGCAGCAGGCAGAGAGCAGGCAGAGCCGGGCAAGCACGAGGCAGAGGCCACAGCAGGCAGGGAGCAGAGCAGGGCAGGCCGCCGAGCAGACCGAGGGCAGAACCGCGGCAGGGCGCGCGUGCGCGCCAGACUGGGCCCGGGAGCGGCAGCCGUCCGCGAGGCGGGCGCCGGAG